GCCUUUGCGACCCAUAAAGCUCCAUCAUAGUGCGGUGAACCAGGUUCGAAAGCGGACGCUCGCUAGCAGUCGCGUUUCCAGCACGCACGCUCCACUCUAAAUUUAUCCCGAAAUAUUUCCAGUGCUCGUAAAAUGCGCGUGCCGUCACGAUGAGAUGUUAUGGCGGCGGUGAUCCUUCUCCUGGUGACGGCCAUGGCCCUGGCGGCCCCGGACUGGACCGACUGUCCGUCGCCGUGCCGGUGCAAGUGGUCGUCGGGCAAAAAGACGGCGGUAUGUAAGGGGGGCGGCUUCUCCGCCGUCCCCGACACGCUCGAUGGCGAGAUGCAGGUGCUGGACCUGUCGGGGAACUACAUCUCUCGGCUGGGGAACGAUGCGUUCAAAAGUGUCGGGCUGCUGAACCUGCAGCGGAUUUUCCUGGCCACGGCCGGGAUCCAGGAGGUCCACAAGGACGCCUUCCGGGAUUUGACUAUUUUGGUCGAGGUCGACUUGUCGCAUAAUCAGAUCAAGAGUUUGCAUCCGGAGACGUUUCACGGGAAUGAGCGGCUACGCGUGUUGUAUCUCAAUGGGAAUCCGCUGAGGAGGCUGGUCCAGGAGCAGUUUCCCCAGCUGCCGCAUCUCCGGAUUUUGGAGCUUGAUGGCUGUCAGCUGGAAUAUGUUCACAAGAACGCUUUCGUGCAUUUGAGUGUGUUGGAGACUCUGAGUCUGAGACAGAAUUUAUUGCGGAAUCUUUCGGAGGAGGUUUUUAUGAAUUUUGCUCAUUUGAAGACUUUGGUUUUGGAAGGGAAUCCUUGGAAGUGCGAUUGUGAGUUGCGCGGGUUUAGGGAUUGGUUUCUCUUGAGUAAAUUGAAUUCGGUUUCUUUGACUUGUACUCAGCCUGAACGGCUUGAAGGCAAGUUGUGGGAAAACGUUCUUUCGGAAGAAUUCGCUUGUCCGCCUCGCGUAUCAGUUUUCCCCCAAAGUCAAGUCCAGGCUGAAGCUGGCGGAAAUGUCAGUUUUGGGUGUCACGUGACUGGGGACCCGGAACCCCAAGUCUCCUGGCUUUAUGAAGGUUAUCCGAUAAAUCAUACGUGGUUAGUGAUUCAAGCCGAAGAAGGACUUUUAGAUAAGUGGGCCAAUAUAAGUGUUUACAACGUCAGUGAUACAGACACAGGUGUAUACACUUGCACCGCACGAAAUAUUCUCGAUAGUGUCUCCCUGAAUGUAACUCUAGUGCUUCCAGAAGUGGUAACAGCCACCACAGUGAGUAAAUCCGAGGGUGGUUUCUUAUGGUGGGGCCUGUUGGUGGCUUUAGUGACCCUUGGAAGUGUGGGCUUAGGGGCUAGCAUUGCUGUUUGCUGCCUCCGGGGCCGCAAGACCCAGAAGCGCAUGAAAGCGAGUGUGAGCUUCACCGAGCAGGAGAAGAAGCUCCUGGAUGUGAGUAUCGCAACGACCACGGACCGCGGAACGGGAAGUUGCGAAGUUCUGGGUCCGGAAAUGGAGCUGGAUCCUCCGGUGCACAUCACCAUCGAGAGCGAGCCGCUGCCGCUGGCGGUGUUUCCGCCGCCCCCGGAGUUCGGCAAUGUGGUUCCGUCAGCGUACGGCAACAUCUUCAUUUCAGUGUCAGUGAGUCGUGACCCUUCGGAUGCUUCCAGAUGUCCUGACUUGUUGGACUUGCCCCACAGGGCCAAGCCGGUGUACCAUGGUAUGGCGACGCUGCCGCGGCGGCCGUGCGCCGCCCCCCACUACGACAACAUGGGCCCCCGCGUCACCGCCGCCGGUAGCUCGACGCUGUCGCUGCCCGGCGUGCCUCCGCCGCCGCCGCCGCCACCGCCCCCCCAGCUCACCCCCGAGUUUGUCUCUCUUUAACCUGACUCCUGGAAAUCUUCAAUUAGUGCCUUUGCUCACGUCACGGUCUCUUCUGUUUUUAUUAUUGUAUUUCGCGUUCUGUGUGUUCCACUCCACACUCUCUUAUUGUCGGUCAUGUGUAUACCUUUAGACUUACUGGCGCCACAACGGAGAUUAUGAGACUUUUUACCAUCUUUAACGUUUCUUUUGUUAUUUGCGUAUUGUUGAUCUGUUAGAUAAAUCAAAUAAAUUAAUCUUUGUAAUUAAA